AAGCGAACAAUUCCAUGCGUUCAAGUCAUGUACGAUAAUUGCGUACGCGUGGUAUAGAAUAUGGGGAUAUGCGCGCAUGCUCUUUGUUAGGGGGAGUGAGAGGAGCAUGAAUGGAGCAAAAUGGCGGAUCAUGUGCAGAGCCUAGCCCAGCUAGAGAUCCUGUGCAAGCAGCUGUAUGAGACCACAGACACCACCACCCGCCUGCAGGCUGAGAAGGCCUUGGUUGAGUUCACCAACAGUCCCGACUGCCUGAAUAAAUGCCAACUCCUGCUCGAGAGGGGAAGUUCAUCCUACUCGCAGUUACUGGCUGCCACAUGUCUCUCCAAACUGGUCUCCCGCACGAGCAACCCACUUCCUUUGGAACAGCGCAUAGACAUCCGGAAUUAUGUUCUUAACUACCUGGCGAGUCGGCCAAAGCUUGCUGCCUUUGUGACACAAGCAUUGAUCCAGCUCUAUGCCAGAAUCACCAAGCUUGGGUGGUUUGACUGCCAGAAGGAAGAUUACGUCUUUAGGAAUGUCAUCGUAGAUGUCACACGGUUCCUCCAGGACAGUGUUGAGCACUGCAUCAUUGGAGUAACUAUUCUUUCUCAGCUUACCAAUGAAAUCAAUCAAGUAAGUUCCUCUGCGCUCCUCAAUGAUGCGGAUACAACACAUCCUCUGACUAAGCACCGGAAGAUUGCGUCGUCGUUCCGGGACUCCUCGUUAUUCGACAUUUUCACGCUCUCCUGUAAUCUCCUGAAACAGGCCUCGGGGAAGAACUUGAACUUGAACGAUGAGAGCCAGCACGGGCUGCUCAUGCAGCUGCUCAAGCUGGCCCACAAUUGCCUCAACUUCGACUUCAUCGGCACGUCCACGGAUGAGUCCUCCGACGACCUGUGCACCGUCCAGAUCCCCACCAGCUGGAGAUCAGCUUUUUUGGACUCCUCAACCCUCCAACUGUUUUUUGAUUUGUAUCAUUCCAUCCCUCCUUCCCUUUCUCCUUUGGUACUGUCAUGUCUAGUUCAGAUUGCAUCAGUCCGGAGGUCACUCUUUAACAAUGCAGAGAGAGCAAAGUUCCUCUCUCAUCUAGUAGAUGGCGUCAAGAGGAUCCUGGAAAAUCCACAGAGUCUGUCUGAUCCAAACAAUUACCAUGAAUUCUGUCGACUGCUGGCCAGACUAAAAAGUAACUAUCAGCUUGGCGAGCUGGUAAAAGUAGAAAACUACCCUGAGGUUAUAAGAUUGAUCGCCAAUUUCACAGUCACCAGCUUACAGCACUGGGAGUUUGCCCCCAACAGCGUGCACUACCUGCUGAGCCUGUGGCAGCGGCUGGCGGCCUCUGUGCCCUACGUCAAGGCCACUGAGCCCCACAUGCUGGAGACCUACACUCCAGAAGUGACCAAGGCCUACAUCACCUCACGCCUCGAAUCGGUGCACAUCAUCCUCAGGGAUGGCCUGGAGGACCCACUAGAUGACGCGGGCCUCGUGCAGCAGCAGCUGGACCAGCUGUCCACCAUCGGCCGCUGCGAGUACGAGAAGACGUGCGCGCUGCUGGUGCAGCUCUUCGACCAGUCCGCCCAGUCCUACCAGGAGCUGCUCCAGUCCACCAACUCCAGCACGAUGGACAUCGCCGUUCAGGAAGGCCGACUAACUUGGCUGGUGUACAUUAUUGGGGCGGUGAUUGGAGGCCGGGUUUCCUUUGCCAGUACAGAUGAACAAGAUGCAAUGGAUGGAGAGCUGGUUUGUCGAGUCUUGCAGUUGAUGAACCUGACGGACUCGCGACUGGCACAGGCCGGCAACGAGAAACUGGAGCUGGCCAUGCUCAGUUUCUUUGAGCAGUUCCGCAAAAUCUACAUCGGUGACCAGGUGCAGAAAUCAUCAAAGUUGUACCGGCGCCUCUCCGAAGUCUUGGGGCUUAAUGAUGAGACUAUGGUACUCAGUGUGUUCAUUGGGAAAAUAAUUACCAAUCUGAAGUACUGGGGACAGUGCGAACCGAUCACCUCCAAGACACUACAGCUUCUCAACGACUUAUCUAUUGGGUACAGCAGUGUGAGAAAGCUGGUGAAACUCAGUGCAGUCCAGUUUAUGCUGAAUAACCACACAAGUGAGCACUUUUCCUUUCUGGGCGUAAACAAUCAAUCCAACCUCAGCGAUAUGAGGUGUCGGACAACCUUCUACACAGCCCUCGGUCGCCUGCUUAUGGUAGAUCUAGUAUGUAUGGUUGUGUCUGCUGUAGGGGAGGACGAGGACCAGUUCGAGCAGUUCAUGCUUCCUCUAACUGCGGCGUUUGAAGCCGUCGCAGCAAUGUUCAGCACUAACACUUUCAAUGAACAAGAGGCCAAAAGGACAUUAGUGGGACUGGUUCGAGACUUGCGAGGAAUCGCCUUUGCUUUUAAUGCAAAGACCUGCUUCAUGAUGCUAUUUGACUGGAUCUACCCCUCUUACAUGCCCAUCCUGCAGAGGGCGAUAGAGCUCUGGUACCACGUCCCUGCUUGCACCACUCCAGUACUCAAGCUGAUGGCUGAACUCGUCCACAACAGGUCCCAGAGAUUACAGUUUGACGUGUCAUCGCCUAAUGGAAUUCUGUUGUUCAGAGAAACGAGCAAGAUGAUUACGACCUACGGGAACCGUAUCCUGACUCUCGGCGAGGUGCCAAAGGACCAGGUGUACGCGCUGAAGCUGAAGGGCAUCUCCAUCUGCUUCUCUAUGCUCAAGGCCGUGCUCAGCGGCAACUACGUCAACUUUGGCGUCUUCCGUCUCUACGGCGACGACGCCCUGGACAACGCCCUGCAGACCUUCAUCAAGCUUCUCCUCUCCAUCCCACACAGCGACCUGCUUGACUAUCCGAAGCUCAGCCAGUCCUACUACUCGCUGCUGGAGGUGCUCACCCAGGACCACAUGAACUUCAUCGCCAGCCUGGAGCCUCAUGUGGUCAUGUACAUCCUGUCCUCCAUAUCAGAGGGCCUCACUGCACUCGAUACAAUGGUAUGCACAGGAUGUUGCUCCAGUCUAGACCACAUAGUAACGUACCUGUUCAAGCAGCUCUCGCGCAGCACCAAGAAGCGAGCGGCUCCCAUGGCCCAGGAGAGUGACCGCUUCCUGCACAUCAUGCAGCAGCACCCAGAGAUGAUUCAACAGAUGCUGUCAACUGUGCUCAAUAUUAUUAUUUUUGAAGACUGCAGGAAUCAGUGGUCAAUGUCACGGCCACUGCUAGGCUUGAUCCUGCUCAAUGAGAAGGUAGGGUAUUUCGCAGACUUGAGGAACAGCAUUGUGAACAGCCAGCCGCCAGAGAAACAACAGGCCAUGCACUUAUGCUUUGAAAACUUAAUGGAGGGUAUAGAACGAAACCUGCUUACCAAAAACAGAGACAGGUUUACACAGAACCUUUCAGUAUUUAGAAGAGAAGUCAACGACUCCAUGAAGAAUUCCACUUACGGGGUAAACAGCAACGACAUGAUGAGCUGACAUUCCACAGAGCACCAGACCGCGGUGGCGUGGUCGUAAUUCCCCCCCACCCACCCCUCCGAGCUCCCGCUCCGCAUCCCUAACCCCCUCCCUGGCCCGGACGCCAGGGUAGGGUCUCCGCUGCGCAAGCCUGCACCUCCCACACCCCAGCCCCUCACCUAGGCACCGGUCCCCUUCCUGCUCCUUCCUCGCUCUUCUCCCCUUUUUAUAUAUUCACAUAUAAAUAUACACAGAUUUUAAAGCCAGUUUUCUCGAGGUCACUCCACUGACCUUCCUCCUGUCAGUCGGGGCUCAAAGUCCAAAGAGAGUUUAGUUGGGGUGGGGGUGGGGGUCGUUGCGGGCUGAAGAGGGGGUGGGGGUGCUCAGAGACACUGGCACAAACGUAUGAGUGGCUGCUGUUCUUCCAUCUCUCGAGAGAUUUAGGGAGGGUGUGGAUUAUGCGUGCACUUGUUUGUGUGUGUGUGUGCGCGUGUGUGUAUGUGUGUUUGGGGAGGGGAGGGGGUAUAAGCUGGUAUAUGUAGUGCUCUGCUUCUGCCUGCCUUGUAUAGAAACACACAAAAAAAAGACGUGUACAUUUUUUUCAUAACAUUUUGAACAAUGUUUAUAAUGAUUUCAAUUUAAGAAAAAACAAAGAAAACAAAAACAAAAACGAUGAAAGUGUGUGACAUUUUUACAGUCUAGUAAGUUAGUGCAACUGUGCUGAAGUGUGGGUUUGUCUGUAUGAAGAGAAUACUAUAUCCAAGUGACAGAUGUUUGAUUGGCGUGAGUGGUGUGAUAGAUCCAGUACAUGUCAGAGAGGCUUGUGGAGGCGGGUGGCGUGGGAAUAAGGGUAGGGUGGGGGGGGUUGGUUUUGCUUGAGGGGAAAGAAAAAAAACUGCGUUGUAUAUUUUCCUUAAAAUCUUUAGAGUGACAUGACGGCGCAUGGAAGACUUUGUAAAUACACUAUUUCCUGCUGCCUUUCAGUUGCAGAGUAAUGUUAGGGGCCAGUGGGGAUCCCAUUCCCAUAAGUCAAGUCUGAGGUGUGCUAUUGAGAUGAUGGUGAAGAUGAUGAUGAUGAUGAUUAUGAUAGUGGUUGUGAUGAAUGACUAUAAAAUCCUUCCCCCUGGGCCAUGGAAACAUCCUCUCUGCCUUUACUGUAGCUCUGAGUGUUGGGAACUCAGAAGCUUGCUGCCCUGGCCUAGGAUUUAGCGAUUGGAGAUCAAUCAAGUGAAAGUGGAUGAUUGCUACGUUCGAUGUGUACGAUUCAUUCCGAGACCUCAGCUGCAGGGGGGGUGGGGUGGGGGUGCGCAACCACCAGUCCUCCUCCUCCCCCCUCCCCUUUUUUUAUAGUCUCCGAAGGUUUGAUCAUGUCUUUUGUGGAUUUUGAUUAGCUAAAAAGAUUAUGGUUGUAGUGAAGUUGCUCUUCUCCGAGCAUUUUGUCAACUGUUGCCCUGCUUUUUAAUCUCACAGGCUUCCAGUCUCUCGUGGCUUUAUUGUUGAGCUGGCAUUUGUUUGGUAGUGAGGCCUAUAGGAUAUAGCUGUGAACUUCAAAAAGAAUCUGGUACUGCAACUCAGCUAAAACAGGAGUGAAUCAAAUCUUGGCAGUUGUCUCUAGCUUUCACCCAAAUGUUUUUUCCUUACCCCCCUGAAGGAAUCCAGUUUUAUUUUUAAUAACCGAAUAAAAUAAUGCAUCAAACUAUGGUAGAUUUAAAGAAAAAAGAAGCAUUAAACAAGAGACAGAAUGGAAUAUAUUAGCAACUUGUGCUACUCUCAACAGAUGUUGCUGCUAACUGUUUGUGAAGAUCUAGCUCAUCUCUAACCAUGUUAAACACUCAUGGAUGUUUUAAGUUCCUUUUUUCGUUGGUUCCCUGAUGUGAAUGUGUCCUUUUGGCGACUGUGUGUUGGAUCCAUUGAGUGACAAGGUAGCUGGUUGAAUUGUUUGGAUGUCUGCUACAUAUAGUGUAAGCAUUGUGACUGCAAAAUAAACGUCAAUGGUUUGUA